UAUAUCAACCUACAAUUCUUUAGAUUCUUAGCUCUGAAAAAAAAAAAAGUUGGAGCUGAUCGAGCUAAGUCCAGCCAUGGUAGCUCUCAGAGCAACCCCUCUAUUUUACUCAAUCGGCAAUUUUAUUCCAUCCAAACUUGACAACAAACUUUUUCUCACUAACUUUAACCAAAAACAAAAAACCCAGUUGUCAAGAUCGAAGCUUUUCACUUCUGUUUCUUCAUCUGGUUCGACAGAGCUCACUGACCCUUUCAAGCCAGAAGAGCUUGAAUCUCAUCAAAACCCAGAUGGGAAAUUCGACUGGUACAGCCACUGGUAUCCGAUUGUGCCGGUUUGUGAUCUGGACAAGAGGAGACCGCAAGGGAAGAAGGUGAUGGGGCUGGAUGUGGUGGUGUGGUGGGACAAGAAUGAGAGUGCUUGGAAGGUGUUCGAUGAUAGUUGUCCUCAUAGGUUGGCUCCAUUAUCAGAAGGAAGGAUCGAUCAGUGGGGAAGAUUGCAGUGUGUGUACCAUGGUUGGUGCUUCAAUGGCUCCGGCGAUUGCAAGUUCAUCCCUCAAGCACCCCCAGAAGGCCCCCCGGUACACACAUUCAAGAAAGCAUGUGUAGCCAGUUAUCCAAGCACUGUCCAGAAUGAUCUUCUUUGGUUUUGGCCAAACACUGAUGCUCAAUACAAAGACAUUCUUACAAAGAAAAGACCUCCCUACAUUGAAGAAAUAGAUGAUCCUUCAUUCUCCAAAAUGUCAUGGGGCAAUAGAGAGUUUCCAUUUGGAUAUGAAGUCUUAAUGGAAAAUAUUAUGGACGUUGCUCAUCUUACUUAUGCACACUAUGGAUUAAUACAGACUCCACUACCGAAGAGUAGGGCUGAUAGAGAAGGUGGCAUACCUUUGGAAUUGAUUGUGGAGAAUAUUAAUAUUGAAGGUUUUAGUGGAAAACGAGAGCCUGCUACUAACAAAUUUUUUGCACCAUGUUUGUAUUAUUCUCAUGUCCCUCUUGGACCAAAGAAGAAAGUGGCUUUUGUUUUUAGCUGUGUACCAAUUAGUCCUGGGAAGAGCAGAGUGAUAUGGUCAAAUGUAAAGAACUUUGGAGUAUUGUGGGACAAGAUUGUUCCAAGAUGGAUAUCUCAUAUUUCCCAGAACUUAAUUUUCGAUUCAGAUUUAGGUCUCCUACAUGUUGAGGAGCAUAGGAUAAUGGAAGCUGGGCGUGGGCCUUGGCAUAAAGAAUGUUUUGUGCCAACAAAAUCAGAUGUUCCAAUCGUUGCUUUCAGAAAUUGGUUAAACAAGUUUGGUGGUGGUCAAGUUGAUUGGAGAGCCAAAUUCACUACUGCUCUUCCUCCAACUCCUCCUAGAGAACAGCUUAUGGAUAGGUAUUGGAGCCAUGUGGUGAAUUGUUCCAGUUGCACUGGUGCACACAAGGUUUUAAAAGUGUUAGAAGUAGUGCUACAAGUGGUCUCCAUAGCUCUGAUUGGAUAUGCUGCCAUUGCAACCAAACAAGGCCAACCAUUAAAGACUGCCAUGGUUUCUAUAGCAUUACUUUGCUUUGCAGCUUCGAAGUGGUUGUCUCACUUUAUCCACAAGAUCUUUCAUUAUCAUGACUAUGAACACGCUUUUCAUUGAAAAAAGCAGAUAAUUUAGGGAAGUCUGCACUAGGCUAGGCUCCUUAAGUUUCUGGAUGUGAAUAAAUUAUGAUCUUAAAUUUUUUAUAUGACGAUGCUUAUUGUAGUCAUACUAAAUCAGGAUAAUUUAUUAUGUCGAAAACAAUGUAAUAAUUUUUUUACCUGACCGACAUGAUUAUAUUUGUUUUGUUUACUUUAGCAUAAUAUUAAAAAUAUUUAACGGAA